AAAAAAAAAAAAAAAAAAAAGUUUUGUGUGCCUGUGCGUGGUCCCUGAACAGAAACGCAAUGCUGUUUUUCACUCUCUGUAACACCUGAAGAAAGGUAUCUAAAAACAAGUCACUGAAAUGAACUACAGGCCAGUCGUGUUCUUGUUGCUUUUCUCCUUUUCAAACUACACUGAGCGAGACACAGUUUGGGCUGCUGUUAAGUACAUAACUGAUAGAUGUGAACAUCCUGUCCGGUUGAAUUUUACAGCUGAAUUUGAAGAACAUUCCUUUCUUGUUGGCAAAAGCUAUCGCUAUAAUUGCACACCUGGUUACAAAAGAAAAGCUGGAACCUCCUCUCUGAUCCGCUGCAUGAAUGAAAGUGGGACAGCUCAGUGGUCAGUUCCCAACCUAAUAUGCAUCAGAGACCCAAAAUUAAAAGGAGUGACAGAUCCUCCACAAAUUAAUAAAGGUAGUACUGCAGCAAAGGGUCUUUUAACAACAUUAACAGAUCCAGUCCCAGAAACAACCACAUUCCCUUUUACUACAUUCACACCAUCAGCACCAGCCCAGCCCGAGACGAAAGCUACCACUACGAGAACCACAACAGUAGAAGGAAAAAAAAUAGCUUUCCCUGAAACGCCGCCUCCCAGCGUACCAACUACUGAAAACAGAAUGUCAUCUCGGCCGGUAAUUACAGGGCAAGUGCUUGAAUAUCAAACUGUGACAAAAGCCACAGGAACAGCAACUUCCACAGAACUUUCAUCCAUCACUGUCCCCUAUGUAAGCACAGCAGAGACCUAUUCCUCUUCAACGUCACCACCAGCUCUUACAACACUGUUGCCAAUACACUCAACAUCAAGGCAGUGUCAGCACACCACAGCUGAUAUUACGGCAGGCAUUGCUGAGACUACCGAUAGAGAGAGAACUCCACAAGCUUCAGCCUCACCAUCUCCCACUUCAUCAACUGCUCAGUACAGAGUAUCAUCAACAGAGCCUGUAGUUACUUAUAAAGUUCCAGAUAUUACAGAACAAUCUAGUGCUGUAAGUGUUGGUGCAAAGGCAGGAGGUUCCAUAGCUGCUGUGUUCCUGUGCAUUAUUAUUAUUGCUGUUGUGAUAUGCUGUCAUAAAAGAAAAUGGGGCAGGAAUAUAAUUUUAACUCCAGCAUCAGAACUGCAACCCAUGACAAAUCCAGAGCAACCACCACCUGAUGUCAUGUUAAGUUUUAAUGAGCCAGCAACUGAAAAUGGAGAUGCCGUGGCAUGACAUUUUAAAUCAAUGCGAAAAGCCUUAACAAUGAUUUGUUUCUAAACUGUGUUACAGCUAAAAAAAAAAAAACAAACAAACAAACAAAAAAAAAGUAUUCACUUAAUAUACUGCAUGCAAGGGAAACCUUUUUGAUGUUUGCACCAAGUAUAAAAUGGGUUGGAAGAUAUCUGCGUCCUGGUUGGCUGAUAGGCAUUUCAAGCCAUUGAUUACAGGACAGCCAAUGGGUAAUAAGUCCCAGCAACUAAAACUUUUUACAAACAGAUAUCAUUGCACCGAACGUCUAAAAAAUAUAUAUUUUGAAUUGGCUGCCACCCCCCCCCCUUCUAAAAACAAAAUACAAAUGUCAGACAUUUUUAUCAAAUUUUAUCUUGUUUGGUGACUCCGAUGUCCACACAUUCCCGGAGGAUUUAGACCGCAACAGUUCAGUAACAAAACCAACAGUAAUAAUAUUAAUAAUAAUAAGUAAAAUGGGACUAUUUUCAAGGGGUAUUAAUCUAAUAAUAAACCAAUAUGACUCUGGGGUUUAUUAAAAAAAAUAAAAUACAGCUUUAAAAAUAUAUUUGAAAUAUACAGUAUAGUGCAAGAAUGCAGGACUCCUUUUAUCCUGUCCCCUCCCCUAGACACGGCCAACUUUCAGAUAUGAAAUUAAAUGCCUUUGGAGAAAAUAAUGUACUUGACACAUCAUGACAGGCAGCAAGGCGCUUUCGCAACCAGAUUUUUUAUU